GAACAAGAGAGGAGCUUAUUAUUCAAUUACUAUAGCCCAACGUAGGGAAUCAGUGAAAGGAUUUUAGCUUAGUAUGGAGUAAAAAAUAUAACAGAUUCAUCAUAUGUAUAGUUUGAUAUGUGAGUUGCUGAAUCUUGGUUUUCAGGUUGUGUUCCCGAGCUUCGGGGAACGUUACCUCUCGACCCAGCUUUUCCAGUCGAUUCGAGAAGAGUGCGAGCAAAUGCAGCCCGAGCUUUGAUUUUCUUCUGUAAUUUCGUGACCAACAAGGAACCUCUUCUUUGAUUUAUUGCUGAUUGUUUUUCUUCUAAUAGACGUUUCUGCAGAAAUCUCUACGUCUACUGUGUAUAUUUACAAUUCGCAACGCAAUUUGGUGUUUGUUAUUAAUAAAGGCAUAAGAGGUUUUGGUCAAACGAAGAGUCUUCUUCUUGAGCACAAUUUUCGAGCGUUUUGUUUAAUGUACCUGGAAACUUGUUUAGCUUUCUCCCAAUGGAAUCCAUAAAUGAAAGUUAUGACGACUCUUCGAGUUUUGGACAAGACAGUCUCCUAUAUAAUCGUCCUUUCGCCUAUCUAUAUCUCUCCUUCCACUUAAAACUAUUGUACUCUGUGCCUGCUUCUUAUAUAGCGAUGAUAAGAGCAGGAUCAGUGGGAAAAAAAUCGACAUGUGAGUAUACUUAUUGGGACGACGGUGUUGGAGAAGAGGUGAUGGGUGACGAUAGUUGGGAUUACGAGGGACGCAAGAUCUCUCACAUAUAUGUUGCUUUCGACGAAGUCAUAAUGUCUAUUCAGUUUGGUUUUUUGGAGAAUGGAGCUCUAGUCCUGUCUAAACAGCAUGGUGGCAUUGAGGAGGGCUCCAACUUUCGUGUUUUGAGACUGAAUCAAGACGAAUAUGUAACUUGAUUAAGUGGAGUACUAAGAAAGCAUGGUGGAGGGAUCAGAAAUUUGACAUUUCGCACUAACGUCGGGGAGUAUAUGAUUGGACGUUCAAGCGACAAUUAUCCAAAUCAUUGGAAGAUAGAUAUUGAUCCGGCAAUAUGUGAUGAACGUGAGUUUGGUGGUUUCUUUGGGUCUAACAAUUUAUACCAUCUGACAUCGAUUGGUAUGUAUUUGAGACCCAUUACAAGUCUCGACAUGGUUGUUAAACGCGAAAACAGUUGACCAAGAAAGCCUUGUAGCCUAGUUCAAGUUGCCUGUUGAGUUUUAUCUUAAAUAAAGUAGCAUUUUUGGAUC